AUGAUGAAACCAGACUCCCUUCAUCUGUCCGACGGUACAGAUUUGGGCCGCGGCGGGUUCCAGCCGCGCCUUCCGACUUCGCUGCCGCCCCCAGGGCAGCAGCAGCAGCCGUCGCCGCUACCACGCCGACAGACCAUCCCGUUGAUGCCUCCCGCGCAGCUUCAUCCGGGAACGCCCCAGGUGGUCGCUCCGGCGCCUGCGGUCCCUCUUCAGUCGCCACCGCCUUCGGAGCUGAUGGACGUCGACCCCUCAGCCGGGCCGCCUUCCCAAGCGGUGGCUGUGCAGCCUGUCCUGCAGCCGCUUUCCUUCGGCACCCCCAAGGAGUCUGACACCGCAGCGCCUUGUCCGGCGCCCACUCAGCAGCCGUCGACGCAGCGAAGAACACCGCUGAACAGUGGCACUGAGCGCGCCGGGAAGUGCGGGAAGCCAGCAGCGGCCACAGGCAGGCCUGGCUGGGUCGGCCGCCGCUCUGCACUGCGCUCCCUGCCGCCAGCCGGCCUGUAG